CAUAUUUUUCAGUUUUUUCAUCACUAAAAUCUUCACACGUCUGGAAUGUUAUGUUUUUAAUUUAAUAACUGAUACUUUAUUUAGUGGACAGUAUUAAAAUUUGAUUUAAUGUUAUUUUCAUAACUGCCUGUUUGUUUUAUAGGUUAAAUAUGUCUGUGAGAUUUAAAAGUUGUCUUGUGCCUAAAUGUAAAAAUAACUCUUUAAAUUCAGUAAAAAUAUUUAUUCAUGCACCUAGCAAUAAGAACUCUUGUGCAGAAUGGUUUAAUAUAUGUGGAAGAAAGAUCCCAAAAAACACAACAGGAUAUUACUGCUGUGAAGAUCAUUUUAAUAUGCAUGAAGACUGUGAAAAUUGGAGUGCUUAUAAAUUAUUCAGAUCCAAGAUAAAAAUGAAAAAGUGUACAGUCCCUCAUAAAAAUUUAACUGAAUGUCGAGUGCCAAAAGAUUAUUCACAACUAAGUAAUUCAGAAAAGAAAAGGAAAAUGGAAAAUAUAGCAGAAUAUGAAGCCAAACGAAACAAAAUAUAUUUCAACUCCUCCAAUUUGUCAAACAAAAAUAUGUUUACCACAUCAUAUGAAAGGAAGUCGAGUAAUUCUGUAUUUGCUGUCUCAGUGCAAAAAAUAACUGACAAAAAAAUUCAAGUUUGUCCGGUAGUAACCACGAAAGCAGUACAGACAGAACCAGUGCAGUUUGUAAAAGAUGACAUUGCUAAAACGGUAGAGUUAAAUGUAACAUCUCCAUCAAAAACACAUUCAUCGUCUUUCAGAAAUGGCUCUACAUCAAACUUCACAGAGUCAGUGACAAUCUUUAUAUCGCAGGUUUCAAUCUGCUCGGAAAGGGAUAGGUUGAGUACAGUGGAUUGAAAUCUAGGAAAUAUAUGUAUUUAUAUUUCCCAAUCUAAUCCAAUGGGAACCUUGAUUGGACAGAAAUUUUAAUGUUCAUUUCUAAAAUUUCAAUCCACUGUACUCGAUCCAAUCCCUUUUAUAGCAGAUUAAAAGCUGAGAGAUAAGCAGUGAGUAUCUGAAUGGAAAGUACCGUCAAAAACUAUACUAUACAAGAGAUUACAUGUGGUAUGUCAAUGCCAUUCAACGAUAUUAAGUUUGCCUAAAGACAAAGUAUUUUCUUAUAAAAGUUUAUUGCAUUUAUUACCUUAUUGUAUAAGUUUAAGUAACAAAUCGCCUUGUUUUGAUGUGUGUGUUCUUAGUUUCCAUGGUGUCAACAUUAUAGAAAAUAUGAUUUCCUAGAAAA